AUGCAAAAUGAGAAUUCAACACAAGUGCAGGUGAAGUCGAAGAAAAACCGAUUCCAGUGCUCGGAAUGCCCCAAAACUUUCGCCUUCAAAUCAGCUUUGAAGAAUCAUAAUCUGACACACACUAAAGAAAAACCACACAAAUGUGAACAGUGGAACAAGGCUUUCCAGUACAAGUGGCAAGUGGCCAAUUAUUUCCGGCAACACACUGAAGCAGUGCAUCUUUGCAACACUUGUUUCCGAGCAUUCACUACUCUUGAGGAGUUAGUCAAACACGGCCAAAAUCAUAUACCACUAAGAAAUGCGCCUUACGUUUGCACAGAAUGCGGAACAAAUUUUACAGACGAAUAUGCGUUUCAAACCCACAAAUAUAUUCAUGCCCUCUCAGAUGUACGUUUCACUGAAGACGAAGUUCUUCUUUAUGAAGAAAACAACAAAGCAUACAAAGACCUCAUGGAUCAUUUGAGUACACAUCUCUCUCCUUAG